CCUUCUUUGGUAUCAAUUGUGAAUUUUUACUGAAAAUUGCACAUUAUACUAAGAGUAUUAUCACAUUUACAAUAUUUUUGUGGUGAGCACCGAUCUUUGUGAGAGAGUGAUGUACAUCGCACGUUGCCAUUGGUUUUAAUUCACCGAUGAAAAUAAUUUAUUUUAAGCUUUUUUCCUCAUUUAAUUAUCAGGGACGAACUACUUUUCUUUUCGGAAAUGCAUGAUGUUUUAUUUCCGUUGUUCGGAUAGAAUUGUGCGUGUCAUAUGCUGCAGGACAAGAUAGAUCUUUCCAUUUUCGAGAUGAAAAUUUUGCCUACUCUUUUCAAACCAACUUUCAUUUGUUCUUCUGUAUUUUAGCGCUUUCUUUGUUUUUAAUUGAUAUGAUACAGUAAUUAAAUAUCGAUUCGAUAUCUCAACAAUAACGAAAUCCGCAUGGCUUCAAAAAAUGAUGAAACAUGUGUUACGGGGUAAGUUAUUGUUUAUUGUUAAAUAUGAAAUUUAACAAUUUUAUAUGUGUUUCUUCUUUAGAAAUGAUGAUAACAUUGAUAUAUCCGUCUAUUUGGAUACAUUACUAAAUGAACAACAAAUACAUGUUGCAUUAACACAAUUAUUUCAAAAACCAAAAUUAAUUAAUUAUUUAUUUACAAAUGAGCAAAUGGGAAAUAAUGUUUUAUUAAUCGAAAAAUUUUUAAAAUUUUUAAAUAGAAUACAAUUCUCAUCAUCAAAUCAACGUCAAAAUUUAGUUAAAUUAGUUAUUAAAUUACCAGGAUCAAAAUUAUUAACAUAUAUUUAUGAUUACUUAAAAUCAUUAACAAACACAUCCAAAAUAACAACAACAACAUUAGUAAAAUAUGAUUAUUUAGAAUAUAUAAACAAUAUGCUUUUAUUUUUAUUAGAAAUAAAUCCCAUUUGUCGACAAGAACUUGAAUCGUCGGGAAUAUUUGAUCGACUUAAAAUAAUAUCAGAUAAUUGUCAAGAUGAAGAAGUUCAAUUUAAUAUCAUAAAGUUAAUUAGUUUAGUUGACAAAUUACGUCAGGAUCAAGAAAAAUUAGUAUCAGAACAUACAGAGAAACAAUCUCGUUUUAAUCGUGAUGAUGAACCACCCGAUGAUUUUCAUCAAUUGUCUAUUUAUCCAACAUUGGAUGAAAUAUUUCAAAAUCAAGAUGUUUAUUUAAGACGAAAUAUUACACAUGGUACAUAUAAAAAUGGUACACAUUAUUUAGACAUACAUUUUCGUUUGUUACGUGAAGACUUUUUAUCUCCGUUACGUGAAGCAAUUAAUGAAUAUAUUAAUGGUGAUAGUGAUAGUACAUCAUUUUAUAAUUCAAAUGUACGAUUAUAUGAAAAUGCUAUAUUAUCUGGAUGUUUAUGUGCAUCAACCGGUAUUCUAUUUUCUAUUAUUAUUGAUUUACAAGCACUAUCAAAAUCAAUUAAUUGGUCCCAUUCACGACGUUUAAUAUAUGGAAAUUUAUUAGUAUGUAGUUAUGAUGAUUUUGAUAAGAGCUGUUUUUUAUUAAGUGUUGAAGAUCGUUCAAAUAUUGAUCAUGAUGGAUGUAUUUAUGUACGAUGUCAAAAAGAAUUAUGUGAUCAAUCAAUGAUGAAAAUACCGGUUGGAACAAAAUUAACAAUACUUGAAACAACAGCUUAUUUUGAAGCAUAUCGACCGGUAUUACAAGCAUUACAAAAUAUUAAAGAUGAUCAGAUACCAUUAGGAGAAUAUUUAUUAGAAUGUAAAACAGAUAUAUCGUUACCAAAAUAUUUUGAAAAUAAUUCUUUAAUUGACUUUACAAAAAUUGUUGAUAAUAAUCAUAGUGAUUUUGAUCGAUCUAUUAGUAAUAUUAAAGAUAUUUCAACAUGGCCAACAGCAAAACAAUUAGAACUUGAUAAUUCACAAUAUGAAGCUUUACAUUUAGCUUUAACAAGUGCUGUAGCAUUAAUACAAGGUCCACCUGGUACUGGAAAAACAUUUAUUGGUGUUAAACUAACAGAAAUACUUUAUCAUAAUCGUGAACGUAUUGUUGGAUGUCAAAAACCAAUAUUAAUGAUUUGUUAUACGAAUCAUGCAUUAGAUCAAUUUUUAUCUAGUAUAAUACAAAAAUUACAAAUAACACCAGCAUCAGGUGAUAUUAUACGUGUUGGUGGACGAAGUAAACAUCCAGAAAUUGAACCAUUUCUAUUACAAAAUAUUCGUAAAGAUAAAAAAGAUUUAAUUAAAAUUUAUAAUGAAGAAUUAUCAAUGUCCUAUGAAAUAUUAAGAGUGAUAACAGAAAAAAUUGAACAUAUUAACGAACAAUUACGUUUAUGUAGUCAAAAAUUAUUAACCUAUCAACAAUUAUUAACUAUUAUUAAUAAAGAACAAUUUUUAAAUUUAAUUGAACCAAUUAUAACACAAUUAGACAUAUAUAAGUAUCAUUGGAAUCAACCUACACUAGGAAGAUAUUGUUGUGAAAAACAAGAGAGUGAUGUUGAUAGCAAUCAUACUGAUGAUAGUAGUGUUGACGACAAGGAUGACGCUGAAGAUUAUCUAACAGCUAUUUUAGAUCAAGUUAAAAUUAAUCAUAAAUUUGAUCAACCAUUAGAUGCUCUUUCUAAAACAAUACAAAGUGAUCAAAAACUGUCCAAUGAAGAAAUAGAAGAACGUAGACAAAAUCGCGUAAAUUGUGAAAAAUUAAAUAAAUUAUCACCAAAAGAUACCGAGAUCGUUAAUGAUAUUAUUACAGAAUGGUUUACAAUGCAAAAAAGAUUCAUAGAUUCUACGAUGUCAGCAACAUCAACAUAUGGAAUUGUUAAUGAAUAUUUGGAUCAAAAUGAAGAAUUGGACAACGAUGGAUAUAGUAGAGCUGGAAAGAAGAAACGAAAAAAAGACAAUUCACUUUUAAAAGAUAUUACAGCACCAAUUACAACAAUAACCACUACACAACAAAAGUUAACUACUGAAGACGAUUUAAUUGCUGAUGUUGAAGAUGAAGAAGAAAUGCGUCGAUUAGAAAAUGAAAUCCCAGUUUAUUUUAAUUUUGCACAGAUAUCAAAUCAUAAUAAAAAUAAAAAUAAAAAGCGACAAGGACAAGAAACAUCCGCACAAGGUUUAUUUGAUGCAUCAACUGAUCAAAAACAUUUAAACUUUUUACAACAAUUAUUAAAUAAAAAUAAACAAAUUAUGACAGAUGAUGAAGUGAAAAAAAUAAGUAAUUUAUGGUCAUUAUCAAAAAUAAAACGUCAACAAUUAUAUCGUUAUUGGUUAAGUAAAUAUGCACAAUUAUUAGCAGAUCAAUGGUUAACAUUAAUGAUACAAUAUGGUAAAACGUUGGAAGUAAUGCAAGAUUUAUGGUUACAAAGUGAUUAUCAUUAUAUGAAAAACGCGUUUAUUGUAGCUAUGACGACACAUUGUGCUGCCAGAUAUCAAAAAGUUUUGAAACAAAUUCAAUCACAUAUUAUUAUGGUUGAAGAAGCGGCAGAGGUAUUUGAAUCACAUAUUGUUACAUCAAUUGGUUCACAGUGUGAACAUUUAAUAUUAAUUGGUGAUCAAAAUCAACUUCGUCCACAAAAUAAUGUUUACUUAUUAGCAAAAAAUUAUGAUUUAGAUGUAUCAUUAUUUGAACGUUUAAUUAAAAAUAAAUUACCAUCAAAACAGUUACAAGUACAACAUCGUUCAAUUCCAACAAUAUCUAUAUUAAUGAAACAUUUUUAUGAUAAUGCUUUAAUUAAUCAUGAAACAGUGUUAAAUCGUCCUUCAAUUAAUGGUGUUACAUAUCCAUUAUAUUUUAUUGAUCAUAAUCAUUUUGAAGAAUCUGUAGCUGAUGGUCAAUCAAAACGAAAUACAUUUGAAGUCGAUUAUUUAUUAAGUUUUUCACAAUAUUUAAUUAAUCAAGGUUAUAAAACAAAUCAAAUAACAAUUCUGACAACAUAUUUAGGACAGCGACAUUUAAUACAAAAAAAAAUUGUACAACAACAUUCAACAUUGAAAGGAAUUUCUGUUACAACGAUUGACAAUUAUCAAGGUGAAGAAAAUUGUAUUAUUUUGUUAUCAUUGGUCCGUAGUAAUAAAGAAAAGAAAAUUGGAUAUUUGGCAAUUAAAAAUCGUAUAUGUGUAGCAUUAUCUCGUGCUCAAAAUGGUUUAUAUGUUAUUGGCAAUUUCACAAUGUUAGCUGAAGCUAAUAAUACAUGGAAACAAAUUAUUCAACAAAUUCGUGAAUCUAAUUUACUUGGAAACGGUGUACCGGUUUAUUGUCCGAAUCAUGUCAAUAAUGCAGCAGUAUGUAUUCGUCCUGGUGAUUUUAGUCAACGAAAAUUAGGUGGUUGUAAUUUAAAAUGUGAAACACGCUUACAAUGUGGACAUAUUUGUCCAUAUACAUGUCACGCUGAUGGUAUUAAACAUGAUGAUAUUAUAUGUAAAAAAUUAUGUUUAAAAUCAUAUGAUGAUUGUCAACAUCAUUGUCAAAAAACAUGUCAUUAUUCAAUAAAUAAUAAUGAUGAAUCAAAACAUCUGUGUCCACCAUGUACAGAAGAAAUACCAUUUAAAAUGGUAAAUUGUGAACACACAUGUAAUUUACCAUGUUUUAUGAAAAAAGCAAAUAAAAUAGAAUGUGCAAUACAAGUACAAUAUACAUGUACAAAUGGACAUACAGUUUAUGUACGAUGUUGUGAUUUGCGAUUAAAUGAACAUGAUCAAUUGUGUAAUCAUCCAUGUGAUUCAAUUUUAGCCUGUGGACACAAAUGUUGUGGUACGUGUAGUACAUGUUUAUCGGGACGAUUACAUCAGCCAUGCAAUCAGGAACAAAUUGUUGUCUAUUUUUGUGGUCAUUCAGAAAAAACUCCAUGUGGUGAACUUUUCGGAAAAUGUAUGGAACGUUAUUUUAAAUUAUGUGAUCAUACGGAUAUACCACCAGAGCGUACACGUUCGUUACAAUGUGAUAUUCAUGAAUGUAAUCGUUAUUGUUUGUCAAAAUGUAAACAUAGUCGAUGUAGUCGACGUUGUUAUGAUUUAUGUGAUCGUGAUAAAUGCGAUCUCAAAUGUGGACGAAAAUUUCCAUGUGGACAUUAUUGUAAUGGUAUAUGCGGAGAACCUUGUUUACAAUGUUUAAUUUGUAAUAGACAAGAUUUACCACAUUCGGUGACAAAACAUUUGGCAAAAAAUAAUAUUCGUACUGCAACAUUUGUUGAAUUAGAAUGUCAUCAUAUUAUAUUAACGGAAGAAAUUGAUCAACAUGUUGAGACUUUUAAACAACAAAGAAAAAGUGUUGAAGAUAUCAGACAUGUGUUCAGAGCACAUUUUUUACCAAAUGGUUUUUUUAUUAUUGAUUAUCCACGAUGUCCACAAUGUUCUUAUCCAAUUGUGCGUGUAAAACGAUAUGUAUCACUUAUAAAACGUAUACAUUUGUUAAUACGUACAGCAUUACCGUCUUUUGAAUCGACGACAAUCACUGAUCGAUUAAUUAUUCGAGAUAAUAUUAAGGAAACUGAAUGUUUACCAACUGAUAUUAGAGUAUUAUUAACAGUUAAUCAUGAUAAUCAUAGACGAAAAAUUUAUUAUAAACAAUUUCUUCAUAUGUGUACACUCUAUAACACAUUACCCGAUAAUGUUAAACAAGAAGUUAAUAAAUGUUUAAAAAGUUUAUUUAGUAUUAUUGAACGAAAAAAAAGUGUAUGGUUAACAAAACAACAAUGGUUAGAUUUAGAAAGUGAAUAUAAUCGUUUAUUAUUUUUAUCACAAUUAAAAGAUAUCAGAUAUUUAGCUGAAUUAGAAUAUUUUAAAUAUGAUAAUGAAAAUAACAAUAAAAAUGAUACAAUUAAUGUAUUAUCAACAAUAAUUGAAACUCAAGGUAUUCAAUUUAAUAAAGAUAAUUAUCAAAUAUGUAUUGAAUUAUUACAUAAUAAUAAUUUAAUGAGUAGUACAAAAUUAGAAUGGACAUCAUUAUUUAUAUAUUGUAAAACAAUGAAUGAUUUUGAAAAAGAUAGACAAACGUGUGAUCAAAAAUGGAUUAUUUGUCCAAAAGGCAAACAUCUAAUCUGGACUGCAAAAUCAUCAACAGAAGAAAUAGAUCAACUGACAUGUGCCGAAUGUACAAAGAAAGAACCCGAAAUAACAACAACAUCAUCAUUUUCAUCCUCGCGUGGAAGAGGACGAAAUAUUCGUACAGGACGUGGAGGUGGAUUCGCACGACGAGUAGAUUUCUCUUGA